AUGUCAUACGUAGUACAAGCAAGCCUCUUCGCAGGCGGCCUAGUCGUCGGAGCAGGAACAGCCAUCGCUCUCACCUCUUCCAACCGCCAGCAGCAAUCUCCCAUUGCCGCUACCCCUUCCGACGCAUCCACCACCACCACCACCACCACCAUAACCACACCCCCUCCUCCUUCCUCCAACCUCGCCUUCAUCGACUCUGGCCUCACCUCAUCCUCCGACGCACUCGGACCCUCAGGUUAUCCCGGUCCCAUCUCCGACUUCCUCCGUCACGUAGCCUACGUUUCCUCCUACGACCGUCGCCUGCGCCAUCCAUCAUGGACCGCCGAACAUCUCACCGCCGCCUCCCUCACCCGCCCACCCGGCACACCCAAAGGUGACCGUUCGAACUCAGCCUUCAAAGAAGACCCUCGCAUUCCGGAAACCUUCCGUGCUAAAAUGGCCGACUAUUUCCGCUCAGGUUACGACCGCGGUCACAUGGUCCCUGCUGCAGAUGCAAAAAUCUCCCAACUUGCAAUGGACGAAACCUUCUACCUCUCCAACAUCGCCCCCCAAGUCGGUGUGGGGAUGAACAGAGACUACUGGGCUCAUACGGAAGAUUUCGUUCGUCGUCUCACCGGCAGGUUUGCCGAUUUGUACGUUUUCACCAUCCCGCUGUACUUGCCCAGACAGGGGUUGGAUGGCAAAAACAGGGUGAGCUAUGAGGUGAUUGGGAACCCGCCUAAUAUUAGCGUUCCGACUCAUUUUGCCAAGGUGAUUCUAGGUGUGGGGCAAGCGAGCGACGGGAAUGGUGCACCGGGGCCAAAGGUUGAGAUGAAGGGACUGACCAAGGUAGGAUUGGGUGCGAGUCCGGGGAUGGUGCUGGGUGCUUUUGUUAUGCCGAAUAGUGUGAUUCCGAAUGAGGCUCCGUUGGAGAGCUUUGCGGUGCCAGUCGAGUCGGUGGAGAGAGCUGCUGGGUUGACGUUGUUCCCCGAGGCGAUUAAGAAUAGUGCUAAGAAGCUGUGCGAUACGGUUAGGUGCGAUUUGGUGAUAAGGGACUUCAGUGACAAGAGUAAGACGCUGACUGCUGCUAAGCCCCAGGCGCUACCAGCUCCAGUGCCCCGGAUGUAG